GUUGGAUUCAAGUUAAUCAUCUUAAUGAUGGUUGCAUUGGCUGUUUCAAUAUUCACUUUUGUAAUACUAACAAUAAGAGCAGGAAGAAGAGAAAUGUAUUUGCGUUUUGCACUUAUAAAGCAAAUAGAAGCAACUCAACAAGCAGAAAGGAAAAGUAUGAACAAAAGCACUGCAUUUGCACUUGUAAAUCAUGAUGUUAGAGCUUCUCUUUCUGGAAUCAUUGGAUUAAUCGAGAUGUGUCGCGCCCAGGCUUCGCCAGAAUCCGAAUUGGUGAAGAAUUUGAAUCAUAUGGAAUCUUGGACGAACGAUCCUUUAGGUUAGUGUUUUAUAGGUCAGUCGGAUUUAACUUAUAUAUUCUGACAAUCUAAAAAACGGUUAUAGUAGCAAAGUACUUUAACAUGUUAUGUCGUAGCAGUAGUUUGUCUUAUUUCCUACGUAAUUGUAUUUCCUACGUAAUUGUAAUGUGGCCUUCAUUUUGAUUGUUCUCAAGUGGGCCCUUUCAUAUAGGCAUAAGCCUUUAGCAACAAAUCUGGUGGAAGAUUGAACUUGGGCACCAAGUUUUGAUAUGUGUGAUUUGAUACAUUUGUUCAUGACAUAAGCCAUGACAUCACAAGCUUGGAGACCAAGUACAUUCUUGCUAUAAAUAGAAGAGCUACCAUCAGUUGAAAACACACCAAAACAAUUUGAAGAGCUUCUCUUUCUCUUUCUCUUUGUCAUCUUCUUUUCUUUUAGAGUAUUAUUGUAAGAGAGUUGGGAAACACUUGUGUGAAUCCUUCUUUUGGAGUGAUCUCGAGGUUAUUCUCUUGGGUUAAUUAGAGUAUUUACUCUAAUUUUUUACUCUCUAUUGUACUCUUAUUGAUAUAGUGAAAUUGCUCCUCUCCACUUGUGACGUAGGUCACACUGACUGAACCACAUUAAAUUUGUGCUUCAUUAUUUUCUUUACUUGCCAUUGUUAUCAACUAACUAUUGUCUUUGUUUUUGUCAUUAUAAUGUUGUUUGGCUAAAUUCCUCAUUACCUGGGUUACCGAUCCGAACAAUAAUUGAUCUCACUUUUAUUGAGCGAUUACCUGUCAUAUAUGGAAUCUUGCACAAAUAAUCUUUUAGGUUAGUGUUUUAGUUAACUUAUUGAGAUAAAUCGGAUUUAACUUAUAUACUUUGACCAUCUAAAAAACUCUUAUGGUAUCAAUGUAUUAUAACAUGUUAUGUCAUUGCAGGUAAAUCUGUCUUAUUUCCUACAUUGUUAAUCCCACUUUACAGCCCUAGAACAUUCAAUCUGUUUUUGCAAAUAGUCGGCCUCUCAACGGUUCCUCAAUCCUGGAGACAAAUCUUCAAUGGAGAUUGCCAAAGUUUCACCUUUACAUCUUCCAGGAUCGAACCAAUGCUCUACCACUUGUUGUAUUUCUUCAUUCUAGUUUCAAUAUUACCUGAAAAGAUGAUGAUCGUUUACCUUUUCAUCCCGUUACUUAAAACAUGUUCGAAUAAUGGAGAAUGAAUUGCCUAUAGUUGUGAAGGCGUACGCAAAGAGGAUGUUGAAAACGUAGCUAAAAUCAUCUUCCACUGCCCAAUCCUAGGAUUCAGUCGUGAUUCUUGUCCAGCCUCAUGAUACUUAAGCAUUGGAAGCUGAAGAACCCGUGCUUCAAUGGUGGUCUUUGACAAGUUGCCUUUAGCAUCUCUGUUAACUGCCUGCGGUUUAACAUUUUUGUGUAUCUUUGUCCUGGGACAAUUAGGAAAAUCUCCAUACAUACAUGGGUUUUGCAUCACUGCCAGCCUGAAUCGCAGGCAACAUCAGAUACCUAAGUCCAAUGUUGUACUUCUAUUGAAAGUAGUCAACAACAGAUGUCCUUGUUUCGGUCCCAUCAAUGGAAAACAUUAUAUCCUUCACUGGUUGAGUGAACACCUCUGAGAUCUUGUAGCGUCUAACACCUUGAUGACAUACAUCUACCCUUUACAACUUUCAGAACCCUUUUUACCCUUUUUACGGUCCUGAUCAGACAUGAACUGUUAACAUGAAUCUCGUGUUUCUUAAUAGGUAUUAAGGGUUCUGAAAGGUAUUAAGGGUAGAGAUACGUCAUCAAGGUGACGCUACAAGAUCUCCUGGGUGUUCACUCAACCAGUAAAGGAAUUAGAAUAAGGACAUCUGUUGUUGACUACUUCCGACAGAAGUACAACAUUAGACUCAGGUAUCUAAUGUUGCCUAGAUUCAGGCUGGCAGCGAUGCAAAGCCCACGUAUAUAUGGAGAUUUGCCUAAUCGUCACAGGAUAAAGAUACACAAAAAUGUUAAAUCGCAGGCAGGUUACAGAGAUGCUAAGGCCGACUUGUCAAAGACCACCAUUGAAGCACGGGUUCUUCAGCUUCUAAUACUAAAGUAUCAUGAGUCUAGAUAAGAGUCACGAGUGGCUCCUAGGAUUGCUCAGUGGAAGAUGAUUUUAGCUACGUUUUUAACAUCCUCUUUGUGUACGCCUGCACAACAAUAGGCAAUCCAUUCUCCAUUAUUCCAAUAUGUUUUAGGUAACGGGAUGAGAAGGUAAACGAUCAUCAUCUUUCCAAGUAUAAUUGAUACUAGAAUUAAGAAAUCUCAACAAAUGGUAUCAAUAGCGUUGACCUGAUCCUUGAAGGUAUAAAGGUGAAACUUUGGUUAUGCAAGAUACCAUAUGACAGCUCCAACAAAAGUGGGAUUAACAACAUAUGAAAUAAGAUAGGUUUACCUGCAACGACAUAACAUGUUAUAAUACAUUGAUACCAUAAGAGUUUUUUUAGAUUAUCAGAGUAUAUAAGUUAAAUCCGACUGAUCUCAAAGAGUUAACUAAAACACUAACCACAUUGAUAACUUCUACCACCAAGACUUAGAGUCUCGUGAUAUAUGUGAGAGUCUCUUACACAGUAUGUGUUGAUUCAAUUAGCGUUGUCCCGACCCCUUCCCCCUUUUCCUUUUUCUAAUCCCCUAUGUAUGUUAUAUAGAAAAAACAUGUUAUAGAGAAAAAAAGUUGAAAUAAAUAUAGCGUUUCACUUUUUAAACUUGGAGGGUUCAAAUGCAUUUGAUCUGGUAAGUUUUUGUUUUAGUGAUUCUACUAGUUCUGUAAUCUACAUUUUGUGCAAUACAUUAGUCCUCAUAUAGAUACACAUUGAACUGCCGUACAAUAUUAAAAAAAAAAUUAAACUUUUACUGCUAGAUUAGUUAACUAUGAUCUGGUAAGUUUUUGUUUUAGUGAUUCUACUAGUUCUGUAAUCUACAUUUUGUGCAAUACAUUAGUCCUCAUAUAGAUACACAUUGAACUGCCGUACAAUAUUAAAAAAAAAUUAAACUUUUACUGCUAGAUUAGUUAACUAUGCAUGUAGAGGUGGAUUCAAGAUUUAAGGGCAGUUUUCUAGGUUACAUAUCGUUUACUUUUGUGCGUGUGUGUGUGUGCGCGCGUGCGUGCGCGCAUGCACCUGUGUAUAGCCUUUCUUAUGCUAGUAAGGGUUUCCUUUAUAAUCCACAAUGAUAUAUAUAUCAAGGCUAAUUAAUAGUUUGAUAUGCUUUAAUUGAACUUACUAGUUCAUAAAUGAAGUGUAUGUAAUAUCAAAGUUAUGAUCUUUUUUCUUCAGCCAUAUUGAAUUCUAUUCUUGACCAAAGCAAGAUAGAACAAGGGAGGAUGCAACUUGAAGAAGAAUCCACAAUGAUAUAUAAAUCAAGGCUAAUUAAUAGUUUGAUAUGCUUUAAUUGAACUUACUAGUUCAUAAAUGAAGUGUAUGUAAUAUCAAAGUUAUGAUCUUUUUUCUUCAGCCGUAUUGAAUUCUAUUCUUGACCAAAGCAAGAUAGAACAAGGGAGGAUGCAACUUGAAGAAGAAGAAUUCAAGAUGGAAGAUCUACUAGAAAAUGUUGUCAACAUCUAUUACCCGAAUACAGCGAUGAACAAUGUCGACGUGUUACUACAUCCGUGUGAUGGUUCUGUCGCAAGAUUCUCUCGCGUUAAAGGCGAUAGGGGAGAAUUCAGACGAAUACUGAGUAACUUGUUGCAUAAUGCAGUUAAAUUUACCUCAGAGGUCCACAUUACUCUUAAGCUUGGGCUCGAAAACCAUUUUGGUCAAACUUCCAAUCUUGCUCCGAGUAUAAGUAACUCUAGUAUUGGUUGUGUGUCAUGCUUACGUUUACAGAACGAUGAAUCUUCCGCAGAAGUGCAAGUACUAAAUAGAGUUCAGCAAGAUCCCAACUGUGUGGAGUUCCUAUUCGAGGUGGAUGAUACGGGGAAAGGAAUUCCCAAAGAGAAACAGAAAUCAGUUUUUGAGAACUAUAUAUGUUCAAGUGAAUGAUCAAACAACUUCUGUUCAUGGAUCACAAGCAGGCACUGGCUUAGGGCUCGGGAUUACUCAGUCGUUGGUUCGGUUAAUGGGAGGUGAAAUAGGUAUCGUCGACAAGAAAAUUGGUGAAAAGGGCACUUGCUUUAGAUUCAACAUAUUCCUGAAAGCAUGGGAUCAGCCUCAAGCUCAAGAAAAUCAAGCAGUUAGCGUUAAUUAUGCAAGAGAAGAAGAUUUGGAGUCUCAUUUAGGAGGUAUAUCUAGUGACUCCUAUUAUGGUAUCACUAGCCAUCAAAAACCAGAAAAUUCCAAUGUCGUUCUUUUCAUUAAGGAGGAAGAAAGAAGCCGAGUUCUUUGUAGAUUCAUGAAGAAGAUAAUAGGCUUAAAGGUAUAUGUUGUGAAUCGACACGAGGAGUUUUCUCAAACUCUCAAGAAGGUAAAAAGGAAUACAACCAACUUUGCAUCAUACAACUCCUCCUCAUCCUCAGGGACAUCAAAGGAAAUUCCCCUCAGUGCUUCAGAUGGAACGGGUAUCAAUGAUCAUAUCAAUAUCUCAUCAUUUCAGAGGAGGGGUGGAGGACUUAUAAGAUUCAUCUUGAUCAUAAUUGACACAAGUGUUGGACUAACUAGAGAAAUAGGCCGUGCUAUGGCUGAGUACCGGAAGGACUUUCCCAAGAAUGUGUCCCUUCGAGUUGUUUGGCUCGAUAAACCAGGUGUAGAGGAGGAUAAGCUACCUUCGACAGAUAUAGUCAUGGCAAAACCACUACAUGGUUCUCGUUUAUAUCGUGUCCUCGAAUUUGCACCAGAGUCUGAAGGUACAAAUUUACCAACCGUCACACAAGAAAUAAAGGAUGAAACAACUUCAAGAAUGAAGAUUCAGCAACCUCCAAUGAGGUCCAGAAGUCCACCCUUAGAAGUGAAGAGACAGGAUAUAUCUGUUGAUGUUAACGGAAGUUCUAGUGAGAACUUACCUUUAACAGGAAAGAAAAUUUUGGUGGUUGAGGAUAAUAAAGUACUACUUAUGAUAUGCAAAACCAAGGUUUCUAGCUCAACCACUGACGCAUGCGAAAAUGGUGAAAAAGCUCUAGCUCUUGUCCGCAAAGUCCUUAGUGAUCAACGCGAUAUAGGGCCAUCCACUCCUUCACCACCAUUUGAUUAUAUUCUGAUGGAUUGUCAAGUAAGAUGUGGUUCGUAUUCAUUUUUCAGGUUGAAAACUAUGUGGCUUAGAUCCUCCAAAAAUGCCUUUCCACCCACGUCAGAUCCUAAAAAAUGCAUAAUAGUUGAAAGAUCAGACAUAAGUGUGACGACAACGACACCUUUGGAGGAUCCGAUAAACAUUGGUUGAAAAAGGACUUCAGUUGAGGUUUUAUUGAAGGGUUCACAAAUGGCAUAUUUUUUGUAUUGAAAAAAAGAAAAGAUGAACUGCUACGAGCAAUAGAUUUUGAAGUAAGAUAAACUUUUAAAGCAUUGAGAUUUCAUUUGCAUAAAUUACUGCUUUUGGAGGUCCAACUAGUAGAGCUACUCAUUUAAAAUGUUGAUUGCAUAAUGGUACUACUAUUAAUUUGCAUUACCAGUGUAUAUAAUGUAUAUCCGUCUUUGUUUUAUGGUUUGGAAGAUGCCAGAGAUGGAUGGAUUUGAAGCAGCCAAAUGUUAGGGAAGAAGAGGCACGAUAUGGAAUUCGAAUUCCCAUCAUAGCUUUAACAGCACAUACAAAGGAAGUAACAGAUAAGAUUGUUCAAGUUGGAAUGGAUUAUUACAUAGAAAAACACUUCGAUGGUGCUAAGCUUCUGAAAGCCAUAGAUUAUAUAGAGCAUAAAGAAGUUUAAGAGAUCAUAAAAAGUCUCUAUUUCUUCGAGUCGUUAUGUAAGAUAUAAAGUAAGAUUUCUCCGGAAACUCUUGCAAAGGGCUGCUCAAGUGUCUUUCUCAUAGUUUUAUGUUGUUUUGUUAAGUUUAGUGUCCUGUUUUUACUUCUAUGUAAACAUUUUUGUGCUGUGUAAAACAUGAAAUGCAUGCAUAGAGAUUUAAAACUUUGAAAUAUUCACACCAACACAUAGA